UCCUCUCCAGGAUUCCAGUAAGAAGACUCGAGCCUUUUUGUUCAGAAGUCUGGGAUCGGGGUUAUGCCCAGAAGAUGGACGCGCUCCACAACGCCACCGAAUGCAGCGGCGGAAACGUCUCUGCGAACUGCAGCGACGGCUUCAACCAGUUCAUCCAGCCCGUGUGGCAGAUCACCCUGUGGGCCGUGGCUUACAUCGGCAUCGUGGUGGUGUCUGUGGUCGGCAACGCGGUGGUCAUCUGGAUCAUUCUGGCGCACAGACGCAUGAGGACCGUCACCAACUACUUUCUAGUGAACCUCGCUUUCGCUGAGGCCACCAUGUCGGCAUUCAACACGGUGAUCAACUUCGCCUACGCCGUUCACAACGAGUGGUACUUUGGUUUGGUCUACUGCCGGUUCCACAACUUCUUCCCCAUCGCCGCCAUAUUUGCCAGCAUUUACUCCAUGACAGCCAUCUCUCUGGACAGAUACAUGGCCAUCAUCCACCCUCUGAAGCAGAGGUUGUCGUCCACUCAGACUCGGCUGGUGAUCGCUGUGAUCUGGCUGCUGGCUCUGCUGCUGGCCUUUCCUCAGUAUUUCUACUCGACCACCGAAGAGCUGCCUGGACGCACGAUCUGCUUCAUAGACUGGCCUGAAUACGACACUGUUGACUUCGAAAAGAUGUACUACUUGUGCGUGGCCGUACUGAUCUACUUCCUGCCCCUGUGCAUCAUGGGAUGGGCGUACAUUACGGUGGCCAUCACCCUGUGGGCGAGCGAGAUUCCAGGAGACUCAUCUGAACACUACGCAGAGCAACUCAUCGCCAAACGCAAGGUGGUGAAGAUGAUGAUCGUGGUGGUGUGCACCUUCGCCGUGUGCUGGCUGCCGUACCACGUCUACUUCCAGCUGAACCAGUUCUUCCCCAAACUGUUUGAGGAGCGCUACAUCCAGCAGGUCUACCUGGCCGUCAUGUGGCUGGCCAUGAGCUCCACCAUGUACAACCCGGUCAUCUACUACUGCUUAAACAACAGGUUCAGAGAAGGCUUCCAGCAGGUGUUUUGCUGCUGUGCUCCCACCGUCACCAAAGAGGAGAUGUUGGAACUGAAAUCUCCUCGUUUCCUGCAAACCCAGGUCAGCAUAUACCCCGCGAGCCGAACGGAGACCGCUGUUCCUGCCACAGCAACCGAGGUGCAACCUACUGAGUCUUAUCCUCACGUGGAAGUCGCGACGAACGGCUCGGUCUCUGAUGCUCUGCCCUGAAGUUCUCACGUUUCCACCAUUAGGGGUAAAGAGUGGAUUUGUCCCAGGAGCUCGGCAGCACCUAGAGACCAAUGCUAACACGGCUAACCAACCUGCACAGGUCACGCAUGAGUUAAACAGCUGAUAAAACCACAUGAUAUCAUUGGAUGAGGGCUUCAAUACAAAGUAAUGUAUGAGACUUGAGAGAAUCUCAUCCUUUAUCACCUGCACGGCUCAGAGUCUUGACCCCGGUGUUUCUGACUUGGGAAGCUGAUUGAAGAGGAACUCCUGGGUUUGCUUAGCAACAAUGUAAAUUCACUUGUUUUUAACUGUUGUUGCGUGGGAGCUUGGGGAGUGCUUGCCGACUGCCUGUCUGUACAGACCCAGCACCUGUUGGGCAGGAUUAGCCCCUUGUUUUGACAAUGUGUGGAGACCGGUUCGGUUUGCAGCAGCCAGGUCACAAGCCCGGCUAAAUAUAGCGGUCCAGAGAUGGGAAACGAGCCACAAGUAGCACGACCAGGAGGGAGUCUGAGGCUCAUUGCUGCAGACAUAAGGCGCAAUUUCAAUGUCACAGGUAGCAGGUGCAGGUGUUUGUCUCGCGUGUCUUUGCCUUGUGAUGAACUGCUGAUCUGUUUAGAUUGUAGCAGUCGCCAUGCAAUCUUGAAACAGGACAGUAGCUGCAUUUCCAUUAAUCAUGGAGUUGCAUAAAGUGAAAUCAUGAAAAUAAAUGUGCUUAAGGGAAACGCAACAAUUAUGACAAAAACGUUUUUGCGCCAGGAUGCGGUUGUUUUUCAGCUGUAUAUUGAAGUAGAUGUAUUUCACAAAAGUGUGAUAGAAACACUUUUUUCAGCAUCACAUUAGUCACGUGAUGAACAGCCAGAUGUCACAAGUGGCGAAAGCGACGAAGAACACGACAGGAAGUUUCCGGACGAUGUUUUAGUUUUUCCGGGCGAUCUGCAGCUGGCUCCAGCAGAGCCCUCACAGAAUUGGGCAGUUCAUGAGAAUUUGUGUGUCGUUUCAACGUGUUGAAUCCAUAACUCUUCUGUAAAAUUGCAGACUACAAUUUUCCCAAAACGCCACAUCAGUGGUCACUCCCUAAGUAGGCGGGGCUUGUUGCUCCAAUGCCUGAAUAAGACCUUGACGUCUCCUCUGAUUGGCUGAUUGAUAAGGAGAAUGAAUACAGACACAUGUAAGUCAUGUAUCUGUUAACAUCUGUGCCUUGCCACAGUGAAUGGCAAGUUUAUUUUACUUUAACUUACUUAACAGAAACCGCAAUUGAGAAAUGAUGUCUUUUUGAACAUUAGAACAAAUAUAUGAGCUCAUUUGAAAUGCAACUAAUGUCAGUUUGUGAAUCAGAUUGAAUGGGCGGGUGAUUUCCAUUCAUCACUACAUUUACUGUUUACUGGUUAGUGCCAGUGGCCUUAUGAUUUUCUGUUUCUAUGCAGACUGCCACUAUUUCUCCACAGAUUGUUUAUAUUCAUAUGCUGGUUACAAAGCGACUCCUGUUUCUGCCUCCAACUGCAGUGCAUAUGAACUGGAAUUUCUCAUAAAAAACAGGAAAUUAUUUGUUGUAGAUAAAAAAAAGAGGCCUCAGUCAUAUCAGUUUCUCAGAAGCACAGAGAAGAAUAGUUUCCUGUUCAUUGGAAACAAAUGUGUGCAGCACACUUCAAUUCAAAAACACUUUAUUUAUCCCAAAGGGAAAUUAAAUGUCAUAACUCAUGUGGUCAAAGUAUCUCUAAAGAGUGAUGCUGUGGGCAGGACGAAUCUGGAGUAGCAGUUAGUCUUGUGAUGAAUUUUAAGAGUCCUCUUUCUGAAGCCACUGUUGCUGAAUGAGAGUCUCAUGGCUGUCAAAACAUGCUAACAGCUCAAUGUCAGGGCAGCAGAUGUUAUUCCGCAGCAACAUAUCCUGGAUGACACCAUCAGUUGUUGGCUGGCACUGCUAAUCCACCUCAUUUGCUUUGCCGCUCCUUUUUAAACCUCUGUCUGGCUGGAUGGCUAGACGGCAGAGAGAGGUUGGAGUAGGGGAUGUGAUCCUUUCUCAUUAUGACUGAAAGAAGAGAUGGUUUGAACUUCCUCCAUCGCUCUCUGCUUGUUGGUCCUGCUCUGAAUCCAUGCUCCGCUGAGACUUGGGGGUCAUAGUUCAGGCAUUAUUUGAGCUUUAAGAAGUUAGCUGAAUCUUUCCAGCUUCACCAGAAAGAAUAAUUGUCAUGCGACAUGUAACGCUUCAACCCCCCAAAAAAUGAACAGAAGUCUAGAAAAACAACAAAUCAGAACUAACAUAGCAGAGCUACUUCCACAGCUCAGCCCUGGAGGAAAAUCUGGCAGAGAACUUGUAUCUGUUUGGAGUAUCAGUUUGCUUUUACAAGUAUGAGUACUGGCUGCUGGUACCGGGCCCAAUACUCAUACCAGUACCGGUAUUGGUAUCACUUUUCCUAGUUGGUUUUUCUAAAUGCUGUAUAUUGACUGGCUUGAGAAGAUCCUUAUUAAUGUUCAAAUAUUACUUAUUACAAUUGUAAUAUGUAUUAGCGAAAAGCUGUUAGAAUCCAUUUAAAGUCUUUUUUCAUAACCUCAGACAACAUCCUUCACUCUUUAGUAAAGAUCGGAUUGGAAUGCAGCCUGGUGGAUCCCAUCCUCUCAAUGUCCGUAUAGGGAUUCUGGAGUUACUGCGCUCCGCCCGAACCAGCCAAUCAGGGCUCAGUGUUCCCAGCAUCCCUCAGAACACUUCAAGACACAAAUAAACUUCUUCUUAGCUAAUUCCAUCCAGCUCUCCUUCAUCUGAAGCUCUUUGAACUGCAGUGGUGCUGAAAUGUGCCGUGGAAAUAAACCUGACCUGACAACUCAGAAAAAAGGUGAUGAUCCUCUGACUGCUUUUAACCUCUCCUCUCCCUGAAGAGACUGACAAGAAGAUUAAAACAAUCAUUUACAUACAAUAGUUUACUUGUGAAAACAGUAAUUGCAUAAAGACUUUUUGGUUUUAUAAUUUUAGUUUCACGGAAAAAAAAAUCCUUGUCUUCUCUGAGGCUAUUUUGGACCAAAUGUCAUCUUCGUAUUGUGAGAUCAUAUGUUUUUGUAUUCAAUGAACUCGCUACAUGUGUGGUUGUAUAAUUAACUUUCUGUACAGCGAUUAUUAUGUAUG